AUGGCCUUCCGCCGCCCGACUCCUCUCGAUAUCCCUCCCUCCCCAACUGAGCAGCAAGAGGAAGAUACAGCACAAUGGGUUCUGUUCUCGCCGACCGCUCGCACUCACACGACAUCCACAGAUAGAACACGCACACAUCUAAGUGACUUCGACUCCCUGGGUACUGCAACGCAAUCCGCUGCGGGUCCAGAGAUUGACGCCCAGGGAGACGAGGCUCUAGAUGACCAGCUCGACGAGGAUGGUACCGAGCUGGACAGCUUGGAUGAUGGGCUGCAUGCUUUCCGCGCCCCAUCUUUGUCCCCCACAUCCCCCGCACGGGUGGAUCAAGGGCAGCCGGCUCUCCUCCCGGCCCAUGAUGGUCUGGGGAGCUUCCAGGCUUCGAGCCAGUUAGCCCAAGACCAACUGUGGCAGCAUGAGCAGUAUAAUCCACACCGACGGCAAUCCUCUCGACCUCAUCGUCAUUCCAGUGUUCAGCGACACCUCGAUACUGUCGAUGAAGGGGUAGCGGAUGUCGAGCGUGAUCGAUGGCAGCGCAUCGAGGAGUGGCGGAUGGAUCAGAGUCGGGCCCUGCUGCAGGAGAUUCAGCGGGAGACCCGUCGACGCCGGGGCAGCCGGGCCUCGCAAUUUAGCAUUCCGCGGUCCGUGGAGGAUCUCUCACCUGCCCGAAUCGUGGAGGCCCAUUCAGAGGUGAUCUCCUCAUCUCAGGCAGAUGAGGAGGUCAAUGAUAUCAAGGAUAUCAAGGAAAUUGAUGAGUCGUUCUGGCGUCGCAUCACAAGAAGAGUCAUUCGAGACCUCAUCGGUAUCGAUGACGAGCUAUUGAGCGUCAUUUUCGGGGAAUCCCUACCGCAAGACGACCAAGCCUCCUCUAAACACUCAGAAGAGCUGGAUAUGGAAACUGUGCUAGCUCGUGAGGCAGAACCGGAGCACGCAGACUCACCUCUCUGGCAGAGCCAUGUCUUGCAACGCAUCACCCGCGAGCUGGGUAUGCUAGUCCACCAGCUCUGCGAGCACCCGGGAGCAUUCACAAGCUAUUACCAAAUGACGAAGAGCAUCUCCAGUGAAUAUGCAGGCAUGUCACUAGAUAGGCUCGCCGAGAGCAGCGCCGCCCAACGAAACACCCAGUCCACUGUCCAGCUCUCUACCGAACCCACCACAUCAGACUCUAUGCCAUCACCACACUUCAUCCCAACGCUCCGCGACGCAAAUCGCGAGCACGAAGCGCACUGGGGAAUCGAAGACGACGACCCAGCAGGUCCAGGCGCAGACCCCGUAUCCGAAUCAACCCGCAUCCACCAGGAACAAGAGUACUGGGAGCGCGGCCUAGAUGUCAUGAUGGUUUUCCGCUACCUUCGCACACGCUUUAGUCGUCGUGGCUACAUGCCAAACGACAAGUACACGCCGACUCAACCUCCCCGCCACACGCAAGACGCCUCCCGUCGCGCUGCCAUGAUCCGCCAACAUCACCCGCUCGUGGCUCGCGCCCAUUCACGUUCUCAAAAUCAGCCGCGCCGUGCAUCUCAGUAUUCCGGUAUCUCUGGGCCUGCGGGUGUCUCGUCGCCUCUUCUUCGCCCGCAUAUGAGGAGGCCGAGUUCUAGCUGUGCAAGCCAGAGUGCCAAACUCUCUGCUUUAUCCAGUCGGCGCACGCUGACGGGGUCUAGCCGGAACUAUUGGGAUAUCGGUGGGAGCGUGGAUAGUGGCAGUGCGAUUGGGAUUGGGGUUGGAGCUGGACUUGGGACGUGGGGUGAAGUAUGA